UUGUAAAUUAUAACUGUCCAUGUCCAUGGCGAUUGUAGAGGGACGUGAAUCCAAGCCCAAGUUCCCAGAAGUUUCUCGCUUUGUGUCAAUGGCCGGUGUGGGCAUAAUCCCAACCCAAUCUUUGCUUUUCUCGGGAACCAAACACUCUCUCCAUCUUCCUUCCAGAAGGAGAGGCGUUGCGGCAGUACGAGCUGAAAGUAUGACGAUCGAGAAAUUAGGAAUCAAGAUAGAGAGAAAUCCUCCUGAGGACAAACUUACACAACUUGGCGUUAAGCAAUGGCCCAAGUGGGGAUGCCCUCCGAGCAAAUUCCCAUGGACUUAUGAUGCCAAGGAGACAUGCUAUCUGUUGGAAGGGAAAGUGAAGGUGACACCCAGUGGGUCAAAUGAAGCUGUGGAGAUUGGUGCUGGUGACUUGGUUGUGUUCCCAAAAGGGAUGAGUUGCACUUGGGAUGUCUCUGUUGGAGUGGACAAGCACUAUAAAUUUGACUAAAAUAAAAAAAUUCCAUUUCCAUUAGGGAUUCCUUAUAUAUACACACUAAAAGAUUUAAUUAUUAGCUUGCUGUGAGCUGGUUUCAAGAUAGGCACUCUGAGGUAAGUUAUAUGAGCAUUUGUAGCUGUGUUAAGACUUGAUCACUAGAGUGAAGACUUGGCUUCUUCAUUGCCGGUUGUUAAUGGGCAUGCGAUUCUGUCUGUCUUGAUUGAAA